AUGCCUUUCACCACCAAAUAAGUGAUGCCUGGGCAAAUGGAAUGGAAUGGAACAAAACCUGGCAAUGCGGAUUUGUCGAAUCCAUUAUAUGUCCAGAAUCAGACAUUACCGGCUACGUACCGCGAAAGAUCGAUGUCACCAAGAAGAUACGAAGAUGUCAGCCGGAUGAGAAAACGAGAAAGCUAUCAUGAUGAAGAAUAUCCGUUAAAAGAUCCUCAUUUAAUUUCUGGGAAGCAAAAUAGUCAACAGGAACGCCGUGUAUACGUAGGAAACCUUUCUUACCAAGUCCGAUGGUAUGAAUUGAAAGAUUUUAUGAAGCAAGCUGGUCACGUACUAUAUGCAGAGAUCUUAAAUUUACCAAAUGGUUUAUCCAAGGGCUGUGGCAUCAUAGAAUAUUCGACUAAUGAAGAAGCAAAAAGAGCGGUUGAAACUCUUAGCAACCAAAAGUUUAUGAGCCGCCUCAUUUACGUUCGAGAAGAUCGUGAGCAAGAACCCAAAUUUGGCUCUCAACCGUUUUCUCAUGGGCACUUUGUGGAUCGUGGAAAUGACGCCGGGCGGCAGUUGUUUGUAGGAAAUCUUCCUUAUUCUGUCCGUUGGCAGGAUUUGAAAGACUUGUUUCGGCAGGCUGGAACUGUUGUUCGUGCCGACGUGCAAAUGAAUCAGGAAGGUCGAUCCCGUGGCAUAGGAAUUGUCCUUAUGAACUCAGCUAACGAUGCUAAUCACGCUAUUGAAAAAUUAAACAACACUUCUUACAUGGGUCGCACACUUGAAGUUCGUUUAGAUCGGUUUGCAAAAAAUAAAAACAAUUCAUACCGCGUACAUAGCUUUGGCAUUCCCAGUUAUUCUCACGAUGCUUCUUCUAUGAUGAAUAAUUCGAUGUACAUGCCUACGAUGGUUGGUAUGCCACCAGCAGUAGACGAGCUGGUGGAUAAUGCUUUUUCAUACGGCCCUCCAUCAAACCGCAUCUAUGUUGGAAAUUUGCCAUGGGCCACCAAUAACCAAGAGUUGUUUGAUCUUUUCCGUCGCACUGGCAACGUCGUUCAAGCAAAAAUUGCUUAUGAAUCGAAUGGCUAUUCCAGAGGAUAUGGGGUCGUAGAAUACGCAAAAGAACAUGAAGCUGCUGAUGCCAUUAAAAAUUUCAGUGGUUGCCAAUAUGGUGGAAGACACCUGCAAGUUUCGUAUGUUCAGUAUGGUCAGCCGGCCAACACUGUACUACCAAGUAUGAUCCCUACCAUGACGACGGCUCCAGUAACUUAUCCUUCUCCUAUUAUCCCCAUUUCUACAUCGAAUUCUCCUAUGACUUCACAGUCGUUUGCCAGUCCAAUGCUCAGUUACAUGCCCAUCCCUGUAACUACUCCUACUUUACAGCCAAACGUCUCUACACCGCCAAUUGUUGAUAACAUGGUAAACACCCAGCAAGCUACAUCGUCUAACGAACCGACAAAGAAAUUUGACCUUGUUUCUUCGCCCCCCACGAACGGAGACUUCUGAUUGUGUUUCACCAAGUUGUAAGUGCUCCUCAUUUGAUUAUCCGUAAAAAAAUCGAUAGGUCUUGUCGAGAACGACGUUCAAGCCAUAAGUUUUCACGAUAAUGUUUUGCUACUAAUACUGGUAUAUUGAAUGAUCUUGUUUUGGUUACCACCUAAUGUUAGUUUGUUAGCGACAGAGCUCCCAAGGUAAUCAUUUCCUUAUAUAAGUUCUAGGACCUGUACAUAACAAUGCUCUGAUUUCUUUUUGUUAUUAUAGCUUUCUAAAAAAAAAUACCAUACUUUAUGUGUUUUGUCUCGUAAUUCUGUUACCGUUCUUAAGGCACAUUGGAUCCUCGUUUUUUGCUUAUUUCCUUCGUUUGUCAUCAUCUUUUUUGUUCAUUAUUAUACUGAUGUUAAUUAUUAUUUCUUCAAUGCUUUUGCUGCUACAAAUCAAACUAUACAGAGGAAUGCAAACGCUAUUAAUAUAAUUUAAUUUAAAUUUCUGUAUAAUUAUGUUCUUCCUUAUAUCAUCUUAU